UUUGGACUGCAACAAUCUCAUAAUUCCCUUCAGCAAAUUCUCAUAAUGGAUUUGGAGUUCAAACUUUGAUUUAUUAAAUAUAAAUAACACUUACCAACUUGGCUUGACAUACAAGCAGUAGAGAAUUUACCAAUCUCAAAGCAAAGCAGGCCACCACAUCGUAUCUAUACCACAGCACGGGAGGAAAAAAAAAAAAUUCCGAACACACAUUUGCCGUUCCUUUACACUUACUCUUUCGUGUUCGGUUCAAUUUUUCGUUCGAAUUCGUUUCUGUUUCUGCUUGUUUUUGUUUUUUUUUUCUCACACGAACAGGACGAACACCAGAGCGGCUCGUCCCCAUCGCCGUGUUCUUCGCUCCGCCUCCGCCUCCGCCACCGCCGCCGCCGCCCCAUCGAAUCCAAUCCACCCGCCAAGCUUCUUGUGCCUGCGCGCUUCUCUCCCCUUCGCCUCCCCGCAGGAGCCGUCCCCGAGCUAGGGUUUUCGUGCGGAUUUCUAGGGUUUUGACUCGCGCCCGGGGCAUGGCGCCGUCGGUGUGCGGGCUGUGACGGACGGGGACUGUAAUCUUAUCUACCUAGGUGUAGGAGGAGAUGAUUACCGAGAAGCCCAGCUGGAUUCGCCACGAGGGCCUGCAGAUCUUCUCCAUCGACAUCCAGCCCGGCGCCCUCCGCUUCGCCACCGGCGGCGGCGACCAGAAGGUUCGAAUAUGGAGCAUGAAAUCAGUGGAUAAGAACAAUUCCAACGAUGAUUCCAGCCAAAGGUUGCUAGCUACAAUCCGAGACCAUUUUGGAUCAGUAAACUGCGUGAGAUGGGCCAAGCAUGGCCGCUAUCUUGCUUCAGGAUCAGAUGAUCAGGCUAUCCUUAUUCAUGAGAGAAAAGCUGGUUCUGGAACAUCUGAGUUUGGGAGUGGAGAACCUCCAGAUGUAGAAAAUUGGAAGGUCGUUAUGACCUUAAGAGGGCAUACUGCGGACGUGGUAGAUCUUAAUUGGUCCCCUGAUGAUUCAACAUUGGCUAGCGGCAGCUUGGAUAAUACUGUUCAUAUAUGGAACAUGACCAACGGCAUUUGCACCGCCGUCUUGCGAGGGCAUUCCAGCUUGGUCAAAGGGGUUACCUGGGAUCCUAUUGGUUCUUUUAUCGCAAGCCAAUCAGAUGAUAAGACUGUUAUAAUAUGGCGUACAAGUGACUGGAGUCUUGCUCACAAGACAGAAGGCCAUUGGGCAAAAUCUCUUGGUUCAACGUUUUUUAGGCGACUUGCUUGGUCACCUUGUGGCCAUUUCAUAACUACGACUCACGGUUUCCAGAAACCUAGGCAUUCAGCCCCUGUGCUUGAAAGAGGCGAGUGGACUGCAACUUUUGACUUUCUAGGGCAUAACGCGCCUGUUGUGGUGGUUAAGUUUAAUCACUCAAUGUUCCGUAAGCAUUUCUCAAAUGGUCAAGACACAAAGGCUGCAUCAGCUGGAUGGGCCAAUGGAGCAUCAAAGACAUCAACAAAAGAACAGCAACCGUAUAACAUAAUUGCUAUCGGAAGUCAAGACAGAACUAUUACUGUUUGGACGACAGCAAGUGCGCGGCCAUUAUUUGUUGCUAAGCAUUUUUUCUCUCAAAGCGUGGUUGAUUUAUCUUGGAGCCCUGAUGGUUAUUCACUUUUUGCCUGCUCCUUGGAUGGAUCAGUCGCCAACUUUCACUUUGAAGCGAAGGAGCUUGGAUACAGGUUAAGUGAUUCUGAACUGGAUGAAUUGAAGAGGAGUAGAUAUGGUGAUGUUAGAGGACGGCAAUCAAACCUUGUUGAAAGCCCUGCACAGUUGCUGCUAGAAGAAGCAUCAGCAAAGCAAUCGGCUGUCAAAAAGGGGACUUCCAUUGUCCAGCAAAUUCAAGGACCCCCAAAAGUUUCUGCAGAUGUGCCUAACCCAGCUCCCGUUGUGCAAAAUCAGAAAGCUCCAGAAGCUUUACCCGAAGAAGAGAAGAAAACAGCAAGUCCCGCUGCUGAUGAUAUAAAUAAAGUUACCCGGUUAUCUAGUCCAGUGAAGCAGAGAGAAUACCGGCGUCCUGAUGGCCGGAAAAGAAUAAUCCCAGAGGCAGUUGGAUUUCCUUCCAACCAGGAUAGCAUACCCAACCAUUCUCAGAAUCAGGUUGUGGAUUUUUCAUCCCUAGAUCAGCGAAUGAAUGGAACAAGACCAUCUUAUGGUAGUAGCGGUAACUGUAAUAACUGUGGUGUUAGGGAUCGCUCUGGUGUCACAGCAAGGGUGAACAUUACCGAAAGUCUUGUUAUUCAAAAAGCUUCAACCGGUGCUGGCAAUGAUGGAAGACUGAGUGUGGAACACACUGGAUCUGUAGUUCCAGGCUCUUUGAACUCCUGCUCUCCGCUUUCUAUCCAUGUAUCAAAUAAGAGAGACAAUGAGGAUUCUUUGCCAGUCUGCCUUGAAGCAAAGCCUGUAGAACGUGCUGCAGGUGAUAUGAUUGGUGUUGGCGGUGCCUUUUCAACAAAAGAAACUGAGAUAAGGUGUACAAGAGGAACAGAAGCUCUUUGGUCAGAUCGUAUCUCUGGAAAGGUUACUGUGUUGGCAGGCAAUGCAAAUUUCUGGGCUGUUGGUUGUGAAGAUGGUUGCCUGCAGGUUUACACAAAAUGUGGAAGACGAGCAAUGCCAGCAAUGAUGAUGGGAUCUGCAGCGGUUUUUAUAGAUUGUGACGACUGCUGGAAAUUGCUUCUUGUCACAAGGAGAGGUCUAAUGUACAUAUGGGACCUCCAUAACAGGACCUGCAUUUUGCAGGAUUCUUUGGCUUCUUUGGUUGCAUCCCCAGAUGAGCCAUCAGCAAAAGAUGCUGGUACAGUAAAGGUUAUAUCUGCUAAAUUCUCAAGAUGUGGCUCACCUUUAGUUGUUCUUGCCAGCCAUCAUGCUUUUCUUUAUGACAUGAGCCUGAAGUGCUGGCUACGGAUUGCCGAUGAUUGUUUUCCAGCAUCAAAUUUUGCUAGCUCAUUUAGUUUCCCUCAAGGUGGAGAGCUAGGCAAAUUGCAGAUUGAUAUAGGCAAGUUCAUGGCUAGAAAGCCUAUCUGGAGCAGAGUUACAGAUGAUGGGUUUCAGACGCGUGCCCAUUUGGAGACCCAGCUGGAAGCUUCUUUGGCUUUGAAGUCACCACAGGAGUACCGCCAAUGCCUCCUGUCCUACAUACGGUUUUUAGCUAGAGAAGCAGACGAAUCUCGUCUUCGUGAAGUUUGUGAGAGCUUCCUAGGUCCUCCGAUGGGCACGAUUGGUUCUGCGUCAUCUACGAAUCCCAAAAGCCCAGCGUGGGAUCCUGAUGUUCUUGGAAUGAAGAAGCACAAACUUCUUAGGGAAGAUAUCCUUCCUUCAAUGGCAUCGAACCGGAAGGUCCAGCGGCUGCUCAAUGAGUUCAUGGACCUCCUGUCAGAGUAUGAAGCUACCGAGACCAAAGCUGACCCGAUGGAUGUGGCGCCGCAACCAGCAACAGAAGCCAAUGACAACGUGAACACGUCGUAGCUCCAGUCCGGUUUCUGGAGACUUACUGACCCCUCGGUAAGUACAAUAGGAUAGUUUAGCGUGCAUACAGCAUUGUCUACUUUGAGAAUUUGCCCAUAUCAGUCAAUUAAUUCUGCAUGUAGAUUGUUUAGCAGGGCGACCUCGGUCAAACACUGAUUUUGAACCCGUUAGUUGUAACGCUGAGUGUAACAGUAGAAAGGAAGCGAGGUCGCCUGGUGGUUGUGUAACAGUAAUCUGUAGAAGGUCGGAUAAACUCAUGUCCUUUUUGCUUUCCCAAGGCAAUGUAGUCUUGAUGCAUGGUUCUUACUCCUUAGUGUGCAAGCUCAGGCUGUGUGUGUUUUUACUUUUGUAGAAAAUUCUGGUUGUAUGGUUAAAUGUAUUAGACACAAGAGCUGGAGUAGAAUUAUUCAGGCAUAGAGGUUGUUGGUAACUGAA